AUGGGUGCUAAUGAAAUCUCUCUCUUUAUUCCCACAGGGGGUGAUCAGGAGAAUAAGGAAGAUGAGGAAGUGCAUGGGUUGCCAUCGGGCAAAGCCAAGCGAGAAGUGAAAGGAAACUUCAGGAAUCAAGGUGGACCAAAGGGGAAGGAGGGCAGCCAUGAAAUGGAGAAGAUGGAUGAUUCCACUCCUUACCAUGGAGAGGAUAUCCGUGAAGCAGUUCACAUGGCAGAGGAAACAUAUAAAUGUUUGGAGUGCGGCAUUCACUUAUCAAAUAAAACUGAAUAUGAUUUCCAUUCGCAAACACACAGUGGAAAGAAGACACAUUGCUGCUUAGAGUGUGGGAAGAGCUUCCUGUGCCCAAAAGAACUUGUUACACAUCUCAGAAUCCACACAGGGGAGAAACCGUAUAACUGCUGUGGCAAGGGCUUCUCACGUAAAGCAAACUUUAUACGCCACCAAAGAAGGCAUCCAGAAGAGAAGCCAUAUGAAUGUUCAGAGUGUGGAAAGAAGUUCAGAUGGAGUUUGUAUCUUCAACAGCAUCAAAGAAUCCACACAGGAGAUGAAGUGUUCGAAUGCUCUGAAUGUGGAAAGAGAUUUUUACAGAAAUUACACCUUGUGUGUCAUCAAAGAAGUCAUGCAGGUGAGAAAUCAUUUGAAUGCUUGGAAUGUGGAAAGAGCUACCAUUGGAGUAGCGAACUGCAGCAGCAUCAGAGAAUCCACACAGAUAAGAAACUUUUUGAAAGCUCAGAAAUCCACAGAAGGGAGAAAUCUCUUGAAUGCUCGGAGUGUGGAAAGAAAUUCAGUCAUAAUUACCAUCUUCGACAGCAUCUAAGAAUCCACACUGGUGAGAAACCGUUUGGAUGCUCAGAGUGUGGAAAGAAAUUCAGUCAGAGCUGCAAUCUUCUACGGCAUCUAAGAAUCCACACCGGCGAGAAACCUCUUGAAUGCUUGGAGUGUGGAAAGAAAUUCAGUCAUAAUUACCAUCUUCAACAGCAUCUAAGAAUCCACACUGGUGAGAAACCUUUUGGAUGCUCAGCAUGUGGAAAGAAAUUCAGGGCGGCCUCCCAUCUUCAAAAGCAUCAACUUACCCACCUCAGUGAGAAACCUUUUGAAUGCUCAGUGUGUGGAAAGAAAUUCAGGACAAGCUACCAUCUUCAACGGCAUGAAAAAAUCCACAUGAAGAGAAACUAUAUAACUGCUCAGCCUGUGACAGGAGCUUUUUGCACAUUUCCCGCAUUAAAUAUCACAUCAGAAUCCACGCAGGGAUAA